AUGGACAGCUGGACUCUCCAGGGGGACAGCUACUCCUUCCUGCGCAGUGCGCCCCGCACCUUUUCUUUGUGCCAUCGUGACGGCACCCCCAACCACGUUGAAAUAUUUGACAUCAUCAGCGUUCCUAGUCAGCGCAGUGUCAUCUCCGAGACCACCUGCCUGUGUGACAUUUUUGGGGACGACUGUGAGUCACCUUCCCACUCAAGCAACCCUGCUGUUGGGACCUUUGUCCCUUCCCAGCGGGAAGUGGACGGGACAGCUGCUGCAUCACCCCUGGUUGAUGAUUUGAACGACUCGUCAGGCUCUUAUCACACUCCACAGGGCUCCAGUGAAGGAGAGGAGGGGUUUGAAGACUCAACAGAAAGGCUUUACAGCCCCACAUUGCAGAGCAAGUCUUCAGAGGGGAGGCAGUCAGAGGGUGAGGGACUGAGCUCAGGCCAUCCAGAACAUUCUAAGGAUAGUAGCCCAAAUUUAGAAUCAAAAAGCAAAUCUCCAGUACCUCAGCUUAGUGCAGCUAGCUCAUCAUCUGAAGUCCUUAACACUGAUUGUAGUGAAAAGACACCCUCUCCUGGACAGAACAAAACGUAUUCCCUCAAUCCAGAGGGGAGACUGUCAUCCUUGUCUUCAUCCUCAGUUGAAAGGAGACAUUCACCCUUGUCUCCUAGUCCAAGACAAGCUUGUUUAGAGGCUGAAGCAAGGAGAAUCACUCCUAGUUUGAAAGAUAGACACAAUAGCCCCUCACAUCAGUCUUUAACUCAAAGUCCUUCCCCUGAGCCUAGAAACUGUGCAAGCUCAUAUUCCUCUGAAUCAGUGAAUACCCAAUCAUUACUUGAGGUCAGAGGAGCACGACCUUUACCUGAAUCGAGAAGCAGCAACUUUAAUCAAACCAACAGUCCCUCACCUGGACCCCCAUCUAAAGAUUGUUCUCUAGAUUUACUAUCACCAACCUUUGAAUCUAGAGCAAGCCUUUCAUCUAAUUCGUCUUCACCCAGUUGUACAGUGUUAUCACCCCAGUCAAGAGAAACAUCGGUCUCUCCUGAGCUGAACAACAGGUCAUUCUCCCCUGAUACUCAAGCAUCAUCUCCUUUCCAAGAGCUAAGAGGAAGGGUCUCCCUGCCUGAUCUUUUCAGCAGAGGCUCCACCCCUGAUAUAGAAGAUUCUCCCCACACUCCUGAGUUUAUUUCAGAUCCUGACAAAACUGAAAGAGAUACAACUACUCCUGAGAACCAAGACACAAGGUUACCAGCUGGCAGUACUGUCUCAACACCUGCCCCUCGAUACACACCUCCCUCACCUGUGAUUUCAUUUGUUCCAUCUCCUGAGCUUAGGGACAGUAGUUCUCCUGAAUUUAAACACACAGCCCCUUCACCUGACUUGCUUAGUGCUGCCUCUCCUGGCCCCUCACCUAAAACAAGACACAUUUCAACGCUUUCUGAAACCAGUAUCCAGGUGUCUUCACCUGUGGAAAAUCAGAGUUUAUCUCCAUCCCCUGAAAUUAGGAGCAACAGCCCUCCCAAAGAGCACAGACAUACUGCUUCCUCUCCUGAAAUCAGGAUUACAGCAUCCUCACCUGAGGUCAGUAGGAGAGAGCAGGCUUCUGAGGUGGAGACAAUAUCAGACUCUCCUAUUUUAGAUCCUCAAUUUGAAUCUGCCUCAUCAAGAAGUAUCACUUCGUCCCCUCAUAUCACAGGGAUUUCUUACUCUGUAGUUCAGCGUGAGGACAGGGACACUUCCCCAUUUCCUGAGCUCUAUCAUCUCUCCACUCCUGAGCCUGAUAGGACACGUGUGUCCCCUCAAGAGAGGAGCCCUACCCCAAGCAGAGACAGUACACAGAGCAGUAUAGCAGAGUCCUCUGGUACACCACGAGACUCACCUCACAUUUCAGGCUUCACAAGUUCUGUCCUACAGCCUGAAAUAACUCUGUCGCAUCAACCAAGGUAUCAAACACCUUCACCUCAGCUAGAGCACCACACUCCCUCACCUGAGCCAAGAUAUCAGACCCCUUCAUCUGACAAAUAUCAGAGUCCCUCACCUCAGCACAGAAGUAGAGAUCCAUCACCUGUUGCCCCUUCUCCAGAGCAGAGCUGUUCAUCUGAGAACUCAAGACAAUUGUCAACCAAACUUGGACAUAAAAUCAAAGAUAGGUUUACAGAGGACAUGGCCCACCAUGUAAACAGGAGAAGAACUCCCUCUCCCCCACUUACCAGGUUUACACCUGUACACAUAAUUGCCCCUGAGAAGCCUUAUAGACAGUGGCAGAACAGAGGUCGUAGCCCCCCUCAGGUUGUUGCAUCCUCACAGAGUGGUAAUUUAAAAAAAGCGGUGACAAAUAGGGAAAGCCCCACUGUUGCCCCUGCUGACAAUAAUAGCCUGGCCCCCUGGGUCAGGCAAGGAAGGCAACUGGAGAUGGAAAGGGAAAUGCAGCUGGAGGAGGACAGAAAAAUAGGUAGAGAGAGGCAAAGGGAUGGGGAGAUGGAGAGAGAGAAAAAGAGGGAGGAGCAGGUGCCUGAAAAGGGAGAGGGCUGGCAAGGAGACGCCAGUUACAGAGGGGAACAGGUUGAGCUGUCAUUCAAUGCCAGGAAUAGAAAAGGGCCUGCGAGUCGCAGUACAGCUCCCACAAGCAGAGAGACCCGUCAGGGACUGCCAGCAGUGCAUUCCUAUUCAGAGAGCUUGCUUGCCAACAGACAGCUACAGCAACAACAGAGUCUGCUUAGACUGGCUUCCCAGCAAGACACCAGGGGUGGUGUUCCUAGCAGGCGGCUUCAACCUCCUGCACUACAGAACAAGAAGAGUGCUCGUGUGGUCGCAAACAGGCCCUGCCAGAGUUCGAGCUCCAGCAUGGGAAGUGAGUUUGAUGAGGCAGAUAAUGAGGUUAAGUGGUUUACAGACUUGGCUUUCAGUAGCCUGUCAAGCCCUGAGGUAGAUUACCUUGACAUGUACAACUCCAGCCACCGCUCAUCUGCCAACAUCUCUCAGCCAUCUACUCAGGAGAGCCCAGCCGGGGUCAAUGCUGCCUGGCUGGCCUAUGCUGACUUAAGGGGUUCUGCUCCAAAGCUGGACAGUGAUGACCUGUCAUUCCAGCAACCAUCUACACACUAUUCGGAUGGUCUGGAUCCAUCAAAGCGCUACGAGAUGGGCAGCUUUGAGUGUGUAGAUGUGGCUGUGGAAAGAGAGGAAUCCAUGAAGGUCAGAAGAGGAGUGCCAAAGAGACAGAUCCAGCUGAAGAGGAAGAAUAAUGCUGAAGGAAAGCAGGAUGAAAGCAGUGACAAUAGUAGUCCAGGGAUUCCUGUGAUGGUGGAUAGUCCCUCUCUAGAAAGUCAUUCCAGAGAGACAUUGCUGAGACAACAUAGCACACCAGCAGCAAUGCAAGAAUGCUGCCCAUCUGAGCACAGUCUGGAGCCCAAUCAACAAAAUGAAAGAAAAUCAAAACUCCAAAAAUCUAUUUCUCUGGAUGAAACAUUUACUAAGACCAAGAUGGCCACUUGCCUCAUCAAGAGUGUGUUGUCUAAGAAGAUGCAAAGUGUUGAUAAACAACCUGACGAGCAGGUGGGAGAAGAAGUGAGCCCCACUUUUGAGGAAAACAGCCUACCAAUAGAGAAUGCAGUUGCAACACUUAAAGAUUCCCCAAAACCCAAUGCACAUAACCUGAGUUCACCUCUUUAUUCAGAUUAUAGUCUUUCAUCUGAUUGUCAUGCUAUGAGAGGAGAACAAAGCCCAAAGGAGGAAGCCAGAUCAUCAAAAAGCUUUGCAGUGAAAUCCAAUAACAGGCCAAGUUCAAGUAGCAGCAGCAGAAGUGUUAACUUUUCAAGGACUGACAGCGAAGAGGCUGAUUCUCAAGACAGGAAUGCAACCUUAUUAAGAUCUGAAAUAAGAUCAGAUCUGAAAGUGCCAUUUGAUAGUAAACAGUCCAGAACUGGAGUUCAACGAGCAGGUGAGAGUAAAACAUGGGAAGAAAGGGUGGAUGGUGACUCAGCAAAUACCACUGCCGGGAACACAGGAGCUCCUUCUGGUACUGGAGUCCAUAGCACGCAGGCCAGAAUGACAAACAGAAACCAGGAAUGUGAAAACACAGUGGACCAUAAACAACUGCAACAGAGUGACGAGAGCCCCUACAUGUCAAAAACACAGGAGAUUUCAUUCAAAGCUGUGGAGAAAAAGAAAGCCUCUCUCAAUGUCUGUCUUACACCCGAGGCAGAAAACAAACUUGAAGCUUCUUCACCAGAUAUGUCCUUCAGACAAAAGGAGGAAAGAGUAGAGACCAACAUGGAUCUGAAAACAGAGGAAGAAGAUGGAAAUGGGAAUAAUAAAGUUAAGGUCCCCAUCCACAAAGUAAGAGAUGUCAGGCGACUUGUGAAAAAUACUUAUAAUCUUUCUUUCAAGGCAACGAGUUCUGUAAUGCCAUCUGCUGUAAGUGAAGAAAGGGUUGAAAAUUUUAAUGAGGAAAGGAAGGAAGAUGUAAAAGAGGAAAUUAGGGAUGAGGUCAUAGAGAAGGAGGAGGAGUGUCUGGUGGAAAGAAAAGAGGAGUUUAUGGUGGAGAGGAAAGAGGAACAGAAAGUGGAGAUGAAAGAUGAAAAGCCGCUAACCUUAUCUCUGCAGAGCAAAGCAAAGUCUCCAUCUCGUUUGCAGCCAAUACAAAUAGAAUACAAGGCAGUUUGCUGGAAAGAAGACAAAAGUAAAGUGAUACCAAGCAGUAAAGACUCAGAGAACCCAGAUGACAAACGACAGCCAUCUCCAAAACUUAUCAUGAAGGCAAGCAGAGAACAAGAGAAUUACUCAGAUACAAAGACACAGAACAGCACAACAGGGGAUGCAACCAUUACCAAGCCCUGUCAACACAAUUUAAAUGUGGAGGGAAAAACACAAGAGACUAAAACAGAAACAUAUAAAGUGCCACACAGUGAGGACAAACCUUUGGUGGUUAGAACGGACCGAAAACCUCCCAUGCUCGGAAGCCUCCCCAAACUACCAAGCAAGGAAAGAGAGGUGUCCACUGCUGUUGUGUUGAUAAGGGAUGCAUCCAACAAGUCUAAGACAUCUGUAUCUCCAGCCCAGGAAGAGGUUCCCACUUCACCACAGGCCCCAGCUACUUCACCUUCACCUGGGCCCAUGACCCCUGGCAGCACCCCUGGCAGCAGUGGCCACACAGUUUCCAUGUUAAUAAAGGAGAAAGGCUACCAAGCUGACAUUGGAGCAGUGGUGGGUGAUGGCCAGAAUGCAACUGGAGGGAAAGGGGCUCCACGUAAACAUGUUAACAGCCUGGAGAUCCCCCUUCAGACCACCACGCCCUCAGAUGGAGGUUGGAUCGAGUCUCACAGAGAUAGAACAUUCUCCACCUCCUCCACCAUGUCUGGCCGCUCAGGAGUGUCUGACCACACAGAUACUCUCACAAAGACCAGAGAAGAAGAGGGUGUUAGUGUAAAGCCCACAGUAAAGGAUGCAGCAAAGCAAAAAAGUGCUUCUCCACAAAGGACUACGCAAGACCAAGCACCACUUUCCAUCAAACAGAAGGAACAAGGAGAUUUUGAAGCAGUGAAAAGACUAGAUCCAACUUUCCCUCCAAGAUCCCCUGCAAUAAGGAGAUUAAGACCUCAGCCAAUUGAGGUUAAGUCUCUGUCUAAAGAAACAGAGAAACAAGAGAUGCUAACAAACAACACAGGAACCAACAGGCCACAAACUAUUGAAGUUAAAUCUAUAGCUAAAAAUUCUCAAAAGCCAGUUGUGCCUCCAAAACCAAGCUGCAAAUUCAAACCAUCAGAUUUAGGAGGAAUGCCAAAUGAAGCACAGCGACCAACAGUGACAACAUCAGCUCUAAAACCUCAAAGCGAGGAGAGGUCUCAAACAAUUGUAGUAUCCUCACCAACAAUCUAUAGAAAGAUCUCUAAUGAGUCCACGUCAACAUCAAACUAUACAAGAAAACUAGCUGUGUCUGCUGUUUCCAGCCUCAAACCUCCACCAAGCAAAACAACAGCAACCACCAUCUCUAGUCUUUCAAAUCAGUCAACAGUACCACCAGACACAGAGGCAUCUAAUGACAGGGGUCAGCAGCAACAGCCAGGUGCCUCGACUCAGACCUCUAGAUAUACACAAAGACCCACAACUUUAGCCACAGCUCCAAAAUUAGCCCUUGGCCCAAGCCUAAACUCAGCUCCAGCUCCAGUUUCUGACCCAACAGCAACCCAAGUCCCUGGACCUGCCUUAGUGGGAGCCAGACAGGCAAGCCAAUCAGCUGUUGUGGAUCCAAACAGCCAACCACAGUAUUCCAGGACGGCAUACCCUCAUGAACAAGCUAUGCCAGUCACAUCAAACAAUCCAAAACCACCUGCUGCUGUAUCCAUAACUCAAGCACCAGGAUACACACACCAGCCAUACAGAUCACUGUCCAGUGAGCGCUCUCAAAUGACUGACGACCUGCGCUUUUAUGCCUCAGAUGACCCACCAAGCUACGAUGAAAGAGAGAGCUUCAGUCCUCUUAUGCUGCCAGAUUUGAACCCCAGGAGAUCAAAUCGCUAUCAACCAUCCUCUCGCCCUCCUCCUUGUUCUUGCACAGCUGGCUGCCCCUCCCAUCCUGGUCUCCCCCCUUCUCACCAUCACCGCAGCCCCCACAACGUCACCCCUCCUGCCGCUCCACACUCCCCUGGCCAGGCACUACCUUACCCAGUUACCCAGCCUGCUCUCCGUCCCCACCAGUGCAGACCUGAUACUCAGCCAAUGAGUUUCCAGCCCAGCUCUCCUAAGUCAAGUCCUCUUAGUUCAGGCCAGGCACCAGCCAUGUACCAGCCUCUCCACCAGCCUCCUCCCUGUCCUCCUCACCCUUCACUCAUGCAGUCCUGUCCUGCUGAUCGCCCCAUGCAGCCAGCCCACCAUAUUGACCUCCGGCGCCCCUCUGCCCACAGAUCCCCUCAGCAGCAGCCACCAGGCAUAACUGGGGCUCCCUAUAGUGAUCCUGGCCACAGCCACUCUCCUGGCCUUCCCUCUAUGGACCCCCAGUACCUGUGUGGCCCUCAAACCCUGGGGCCAUCCUAUGGCUCUGAGUAUGGGGGUGACAGCUCCAGCUUGUACUCAGAGAGCGGGUAUGGACAGACACCUCGUAGAGUGCUCCUGGAUCCUGAGACAGGGAAGUAUUUUUAUAUUGAGGUGCCUAUGCAGCCACUUAGGAAAAUGUUGUUUGACCCAGAGACUGGCCAGUACGUAGAAGUGCUCAUCCCCCAGCAAGCAAUGUCUCACUCAGGUCUGUACCCUCCUUCAGCAGCCCCAUACCCAUCUCUCCACAACCCCAGUAUGUAUGCCACUGGUCCGCAGUACAUGCCCUAUGCAGCUCCUCCUCCCACAGCACACCCCCAAACUCAACCCCAACCACCCCGAUACCCCGAGGCUUCUGCUGCAGCAACAAUGCACCCAAAUGGGUCAGGCGUCAGCUACAGGAAUUCCUCUGGUCAGGGAUCCAAGCCAGAGCCCCAAAACCAUCCACCACUGGACCAGAGCUACCUAGAGAGUAUGUAUUAUGUUCCUACUGGGAUGAAUGCAAGCCCCAAUCCCACCCCACCAGACUAUUACCACAAACAUCCCCCCAACCUGCCCCCAACAGGGGGGAAAAGGUCCUGAAAUAGAGGAUAGAGGCCGUCUUCCUGGAGCCUGUUGGGUUUUAAAUACACAGUGUAUAA